CGGACGCGCGGCGCGCCGACCGCCGAGGCUCCUCCCGCUGUGGCGGUGGACGCGGCGACCCUCGGCCCGUCCUCAGCCCGCUAGGCCUGGGGCUCCGGCGGGUACCGGGAGGCCGGCGGGGCUCUGGGUCCGUCGUGGGGGCGCGUCCUCGACAGCGUGAGCCUCGGCGGCCGGAGCGCGGCCGCGGCGGGCCCGUCUCCUAGAUACAUUCCAUGAGGGCAGGGAGCUUGUCUGCUAUAUUCAGGACGGUUUCUCCAGUACCUGGCACCUGGUAAUCCUAGAGGCCCAGGUGACCCUCAGACUGGCAGAAUGAAUGACUGGCUCAGGAUUUUGGACCAGAACGUGCUGGUCCCUCCCCACCCACAGAGAGCACGCCAGCCUUCGAAGGAAUCGACAGCGUUUCAGUGUGUCCUGAAGUGUCUCGAUGGGCCACUCAUUAAGCAGGGCAGGCUGGAGGUGCUUUCGGAGGUGGGCUGCCAUCUGCGCAUGUCUCUCUUUGAUGUCACCUACCGGCACUUUUUCGGGAGGACGUGGAAGACCGCAGUGAGGCCGGCGGAGCAGCUCUCCAGGCAGCCGUCCAGGAUCGUCUUUGAUGAGCCCGUGUACUUUCACACAUCCUUAAACCACCCUAACGUGGUGGCUGUGGUCGAGGUGGUCACCGAAGGCCGGAAGCGGGACGGCUCCCUCCAGGCUCUGUCGUGUGGCUUUGGAAUUCUUCGGAUCUUUGGCAACAAGCUGGAAUCUCCUACCUCUGCCUCCCAGGACAAGCGGUUGAGGCUGUAUCACGGCACCCCCCGAGCCCUCCUGCACCCGCGGCUCCAGGACCCCGUCGAACAAAACAGACACAUGACCCUGCUUGAGAGCUGUAGCCUGCAGUACGCCCUCCGGCCCCACCCGCUCCUGGAGCCUGUGUUCCACCUUCUUCCCGAGAACCUUCUGGUGUCUGGUCUGCAGCACAUACCCGGCCUCCUUCCAGCUCACGGAGAGAAGGGGGAUGCCCUCCGAAAGCCUCGCCUUCAGAAGUCUGUCACGUGGUACUUGGACGAUUUAUUCUUCACGCUGUAUCCUUCCCUUGAGAAGUUUGAGGAGGAGCUUCUGGAACUCCUUAUCAGCGAUCACUUCCGGGAGGGGGGCAUUCCGCUGGACGGCAGCGUGCUGGAGAUCUUGGAGCGCCGCCUGUGCGUGGGCGUGCACAACGGUCUGGGCUUCGUGCAGAGGCCGCAGGUGAUGGUGCUGGUGCCCGAGAUGGACGUGGCCUUGACGCGCUCUGCCAGUUUCAACAGGAAAGUUGGCUCCUCCUCGAAGGCCAGCUCUGGGAACCAGGCUCUGGUUCUGAGAAGCCGCCUCCGCCUCCCUGAGACGGCCCGUCACCCUGCGUUUGCCGUCGUCUUUCAGCUGGAGUAUGUGUUCAACGGCCCUUCCGGACUGGACGGCAAGGAUCUAGCAGGACGGACGGGAGACCGUCGGGCAGAGGAACAGGACCGCCUGACUGGGGCAGCCUCGGUCACCUCUCUAUCCAGCGUGGCGUGUAUGCACAUGGUUCGCUGGGCUGUCUGGAACCCCUUGCUGGAAACCGGCUCCGGGAAGGUGAUCUUACCUCUGCAGGGUGGGAUCCGGCCCAACCCCUCGCGCUGUCUGGUCUAUAAAGUACCCCUGGCCAGCAUGAGCUCCGAAGAGGUGAAGCAGGUGGAGUCGGGGACCAUCCAGUUCCAGUACUCGCUGAGCCCCGAGGGACACCUGGACACAGCCACGGGGCUCGUCCACAGCCCUGAGGCAGAGCGGCAGCCUUCCAGGAGGCCACCCACAUCCCCUGCAAGCCCGCCAGCGCCGCAGCAGGGGCUCGCUGCCCUCCAGGACUCGCCUGUGGGACCAGGGCUGUCGCUCUCCCAGCUGGCGGCUCCCCCACGGUCCCCCACUCGGUGCCGCUCGGCCACACCAUCUUCCCGGCAUCCCGACAGCUCUGCGCGCCCCCUGGCUCAGGAGCAGGGGCUCCCUUUAGAGGGCAGGAUCUCUCACCUGGAGGCCCAGCUGAGCCAGGCGUCCUUGGUCCUGGGAGCCUCCGUUGCGGAUCAGCUGCGGGAGCUGCCUUUCACGCCGGUGCACACCCCGAUUGUCGUGGGAGCCCAGGCCAGGAGCUCUGGAAGUAAGCUCUCGCGAGCCUCAAUGGUGCUCCUGCAGGCUUCCGGCUUUCCCGAGAUUCUGGAUGCCAAUAAGCAACCAGCUGAGGCUGUAAAUCCUACAGAUCCCGUUAAAUUCAACCCUCAAAAGGAAGAAUCAGAUUGUCUACAAAGCAACGAAAUAGUGCUACAGUUCCUCGCCUUCAGCAGAGUGUCCCAGGACUGCCAGGGAGCGCCGUGGCCAAAGACCGUGUAUUUCACCUUCCAGUUCUACCGCUUCCCACCCGUGACCACUCCACGCCUGCAGCUGGUUGGGCUGGACGAGACGGGCAGGACACGCUCUGGUUCCCUGUUGCACCUCCUCGUUCUCACUGACAAGGAUGACUCCUCUGAAGCUGGGCCUCCUGGCUUUCAGCUCAAGUACCUGGUGGAGCCUGGCUUCCUGAAACCCGGAGAACAGCGCUGGUUCACCCACUACCUGGCCACCCAGACCCUACAGAUCGACGUCUGGGAUGGAGACUCCUUGCUCCUCGUGGGAUCUGCGGCUGUCCAGAUGAAGCAGCUGCUCCGCCAAGGCCGGCCGGCUGUGCAGGUCCUGCACGAGCUUGAGGUCGUGGCGACCGAAUACGAACAGGAUGUGGUGGUGAGUGCAGAUGCGACCCGGUUUGGCUGUGUCAAGCCCAUUGGUGUCUACACGGCGGUGAAAGGCUGGCUGCAUCUGACGCUGGCCAACGUGGGUCACGGGUGUGAGCAGAGAGUGAGAAAUUCCGGCUCGUUGCCACCUUCCAGGUCACGGGUCAUCUCGAAUGAUGGAGCCAGCCACUUCGAGGGAGGCAGUCUCCUCACGCGCGGGGCUCGGAGAUCAGUAAAAAAUGUGGUUCAAGCACAGAAGCUGGCUGAUGUGGACCGUGAGCUGGCCGCCAUGCUGUUCACGCACACACAGCACAGGAGCAAGGGGCCCCAGGGCGCCGGCCACGAGGGGGACGCUGUCCGCAGGCGCAAGCUGGAGCGGAUGAGGUCCGUGCGCCUUCAGGAGUCCAGAGGAGAGCUCAGCUGCUGGGGCGCCAGCAUGUUGGCUCAGCAGAGCAUCCGUGCACAGCACGCACGCGACCUGCAGGUCAUUGCUGCCUAUCGGGAGCGCACGAAGGUGGAGAGCAUCACCAGCGCGCUAAGCCUGGCCAUCACCACCAAGCACACGAUCCACGUCACACUGGGCACUGCCGAGUUCUUCGAGUUUGCCCUUAGGAACCCCCACAACAUGCAGCACACAGUGACCAUCGAGGUGGACAAUCCCGAGCUCAGCAUCAUCCAGGACAGUCGGGAGUGGAGGUACUUCAAAGACGCAGCCAAGCUGCACACGCCGGUGGAGGAGGAUAUGUUCCAUCUGCGGGGCAGUCUUGCCCCGCAGAUCUUCCUGCGCCCGAGGGAGACCACCCACAUCCCCUUCAGAUACCAGACCUUCUCUGUGGGGCAGCCGGCCCUGGUGCAGGCCUCUGCUGAGCUGCGAUCUGAGAAGGGCACGGACGCCAGGUCGCCCCAGAAGUCCAGUGCAAUGCCCACUAAGCAUGCCAAGAUAAGGACUUUUAGCCUCGCCGUGUGCCACUGUCCCUGCCCCCGAUCAGCAGCAGACCCUCCGAGUCGCCUAGUGUCCAUCCUGUGCUUACUUGUCUUCUCACGUGUGGUUUGGGUCUUGUUCCGGGGCAGUGGAGGCAAGCCCAUCGCCGUGCUCCGCCUCACCGUGGAGACUCAGCCCCACGUGGUGGACCAGGUCUUCCGCUUCUACCACCCAGAGCUCACCUUCCUGAAGAAGGCCAUCCGCCUGCCCCCCUUGCACACACUUCCAGGUGCUCCCGUGGGAAGACCUGGUGAGGAACCCCCAGUCCACGUCCGAUGUAGCGACCCCAACGUCAUCUGUGAGACCCAGAAUGUGGGCCUCGGGGAGCCACGGGAUGUGUUCCUGAAGGUGGCUAGUGGGCCAAGCCCGGAGAGCAAAGACUUCUUUGUCACUGUUUACGCGGAUAACUGGCUGGCAACCCCUGUCCAGAUAUGGCAGGUCCACCUUCACUCCUUGCAGCGCGUGGACGUCUCCUGUGUCACAGGCCAGCAGACCCGCCUGUCCCUUGUCCUUCGGGGGACACAGACGGUUCGGAGAGUGCAGGCUUUCACCUCGCACCCCCAGGAGCUGAAGACGGACCCCAAGGGUGUGUUUGUGCUGCCACCUCACGGGGUGCAGGAUCUGCAUGUUGCUGUGAGGCCCCAGAGAGCAGGGAGCCGGUUCAUCCACCUUAACCUGGUCGACGUGGACUACCACCAGCUGGUGGCCUCGUGGCUCGUGUGCCUCUCUUGCCGUCCACCUCUCAUUUCCAAGGCUUUCGAGAUCACGCUGGCCGCGGGGGAAGGCAAAGGCGCCAACAAGCGGAUCACCUACACCAACCCCUACCCCUCCCAGAGGACCUACCACCUGCACAGCGACCACCCUGACCUGCUGCAGUUCAGGGAGGACUGCUUCCAGGUCAGGGGAGGAGAGACCUACACCAUCGGCCUGCGGUUUGCACCUCGUCAGAGCGCCGGGGAGGAGGAGAUCCUGAUUUAUAUCAAUGACCACGAAGACAAAAACGAAGAGGCGUUCUGCGUGAAGGUCACCUACCAGUAAAGAGCGGCCGGGGGUGGCCCCCAUCCCGCCGCAGCGUGGGGACACACUCAGGUGCGCUGGCUCUGUGGGCCUCCUCCUGCCCUCGCUGACCUGCCCGGGCAACUGGGGAGCGUGGCCGAGGGUGGAGGGGGCACCGUGCUCCUGACCGGCUCUCGUGCCCGAGUGCAGGAAGCUGCUGCUGGAGCCAGCCGUGGGCCGAGCCCUGCGGGCAUCCACCGGGCAGGGCUCGGCGCCGGGAAGCACGAGGCUCCUUUCUCUCUGCUGCACUCGGGCAGGUGUCUCUGUCUAGGACGUGUCGAUUUGCUUUUUAGCAAAAUAUAUUUUAUGAAUCAUCUUAAGUGAUAAAAUUAUGUUUUCUUACUGGAUUUUGUACAAACAUUAUUUGCUAUGGAAUGUUUUAUAUUGGUAUUCUUUCAUAUCUUUUUUUAAGUUAUGUAUGAAAAACUAAACUUUUACCUGUU